CCUUGUCCAGGCACCUGGACAACCACUCCCUGUGGGAGGGCAAGAGCUUCGCAGUGCGCUGCUUCAAGAUCAUCAUGUACUCGAUUCAGUCGCAGCACUCUCACCUGGUCAUCCAGCAGCUACUGGGUCACCUGGACGCCAACAGUAAGAACUCUGCGGUGCGUGCUGGGAUAGUGGAGGUGCUGCUGGAGGCAGCCGCCAUCGCAUCCAGCGGCUCCGUAGGCCCCACGGUGCUGGAGGUGUUCAACACUCUGCUGAGGCAGCUGCGCCUCAGCGUGGACUACGAGCUGACGGGCUCAUACGACACCGGCGGCAACAUCGGCGCCAAGAUCAUCAAGACCCACGAGGAGAGGCAGCUGCAGGAGGCCGUCAUCAGGACCAUCGGGUCGUUUGCUAACACCCUGCCUACCUACCAGCGCUCUGAGGUAAUGCUGUUCAUCAUGGGCAAGAUCCCUGUCCCUGGAGUCCACCCUGGACUCACUUCAGCUGUCUCUGGGCCUGAGGCGACCAGGAUGAUCCAGGUGAUGCUGCUCAAGUCCCUGGUUCAGGUGACCACAGGCUUCCAGACCACCAACAUCCUGACAGCCCUGCCCACCUCCUUCCUGGAGCCCCUGUUGUCUCUGCAGGACGACCCCCAGGUCAGGCUCCUGGUGCUCAGCAUCCUCCUCAGCCUCAUCGAUCGCCAUGACAACCGUCCCAAGUUCUCUAACAUCAGCAUCCUGGCAGACAUCUCCGUGCUCAAGCUCAAAGUGGACAAGUGUUCCAGACAGGACAACUUGUUCAUGAAGAAGCAUGCCCAGCAGCUGUACCGUCACAUCUACGUGGGCUGUAAGGAGCAGAGCAGUAGCCAGCCCCACUACGAGAGCCUCUACACCCUCCUGGCCCUCAUCAGCAUGGAGCUAGCCAACGAGGAGGUGGUGGUGGACCUCAUACGCCUGACCCUGGCCCUGCAGGACCUGGCUCUGUCCCCGGAGGAAUCUCUGUCCGUGUACAACCGCUGUGCCGUCCACGCUCUCGCCGCCGCCUACCUCAACCUCAUCUGCCAGCUCACCACCGUCCCUACCUUCUGCCAGCACAUCCACGAGGUGAUAGAGGUGAGGCAGAAGGACUUCCCCCACCUCCUACCAGAGGACGUCUUCAUAGACAACCCCAAACUCCCAGCCUCUCUAGAGAAGCUGGAAGGGGAGGUGCUGUUCCAGCAGUCCAAGAUCACUGAGGUUCUGGGGGGCAGCGGCUACAACACAGACCGGCUGGCCACACCCUACGUACCCCAGUUCACAGAUGAGGACCGCCUGUCAAAGAGGAAGAGCAUCGGAGAGACCAUCUCACUGCAGGUGGAGGUGGAGUCCAGGAACAGUCCGGAGAAGGAGGAGAAGACUCCAGCAGAGGAGAUCACGUUCGAAACCUUGAAGAACGCCAUUGUGGACAGUGUGGGGAUGGAGGAGCAGGAGAAAGAGCGCCGGAGGCUGGUGGUGGAGAAGUUCCAGAAGGCCCCCUUCGAGGAGAUAGCUGCCCACUGUGGUGCCCGGGCCACCUUGCUGCAGAGCAAACUCAAUCAGAUCUUCGAGAUCACCAUCAGGCCUCCUCCCAGCCCGUCCGGAACCAUCUCAUCAGGCUACGGCCAGACGCAGAGCCGCUCGGUCCCCGUCUACGAGAUGAAGUUCCCCGACCUCUGUGUCUACUAGGAUGCGGGGCCAGGGGUCACCACUGGGGGGGGGGGGGGGGGGGGGGGGGGAGAUGGAGGAGUGUGUGUGUGUGUGUGUGGGGGGGUGAUACUGUAAAGGGAGAGUGCCAGAGAGAGGGAGAGGGUUAUUACCCUCAGUUGUCCCAACAGGCUACGCAAGCCUCUGUCACUGUGAAUCCUGGCGAGAUAGAAAACCAACAAAGGACUCUAAGCAAACCGUUAAACAAACAAAACUAAAACAUCUGAGGACGCAGCAUGACCUCUCACCCCUACACCCUCUCACCCCUCCACCCUCUCACCCCUACACCCUCUCACCCCUACACCCUCUCACCCCUACAC